UUUAUCAGUAAAAGUACAUUUUUUGUUCACUUUUAUUCAGAGUGCUUUCUUUACUCUCCACUCGAGUCGCAGAUAACUAAGAAUUUUAAUGCUCAGCCUGCCGCUAGUAGGUAUGGUCAGUUGUACUACUUGUGGUACCAGUGGUACCAUUAGAAGCUAUAAUGCCGUAGCCUUUCUGAAAGAAGCAGUUAACAAAUUUCCAGACCUCAUCGGCACGACCCUACUCUGCACUUUAAUGUUUCCGUACGCUGCCUACAAUGUCCGCAAUGAAGAGAGAAAACGUCCCUUUACCUAUCGGCAGUACUACACUGUGUGGCGCCCGGAAGAUCCUCGCUCAAAUCAAAUGCUAAAAAAAAUGGAGAAAUAUAAUUGGAAACCCGAAAUGAAACCCGAUGCGAAAGCCAUCGAAAAGGCCCGCAAGGCAGCUGGAUUUGCAUAGUAAAUUCAACCAGGAAAAUCUUUUUGGUUAAGGGAAGAAAGAAGUAUUCAACAUUUAAAACGAUAACUCCGACAGUGGACAUACAUCAACAGCAAUUUCCAUGAAGACUAACAAAUAAGAGAAGGGUAGAAAAACGGCAGAUUUGAAAUUAUAAAUAAAUAAUCGGUUUGUUCCGUUUUUAGACA